UCUGUCAGCUGGCCAAUGUUGACUAUUGUUUACGAUACGAUAUUGACCGAAAGCUCCUCAAUGACACUUCCUCGACAACUAUUUAUCCUGAAAGUUCUGCUCUCUCUCCUGGAGUGCUGUACAGGUCUGAGUACUCCCACUGUGGCUAGACUCGGCGAUGUCCCGUACUCGGUGGCCGUGCUGUACAAAGGGAAAGUAUGCUCAGGAGCAAUCCUCCAUCCUCAGUGGGUGCUCACCGCGGCACAUUGUGUGUUCCAAGCGGCCAGGGUCACCAGCAACCAUUCCGUCGUCAAGGUUGUUGCUGGUUCACUGAAGGCUUAUUCAAACCAGCAAAACAAUAACAGUUUUAUGCAAGUGCAAAUCAGUGACUCAGUAAUAAUCCAUCCCUUAUAUACAAAUACGUGGGCAGAAAAUGACAUUGCUUUAAUUAAGUUGAAAGAAAAUGUUGCUAUAUCGAAAGCGGUGGAUAAGAUACGGCUAGCGGACGUUGAAUGGGGGAACUCCACAAUGGAGUGCGAGAUCCCAGGAUUUGGCCGACUACAGAAGGGAAUCUCAAGUAACUUAGACAACCGUCUUAAGAUACACAGGAUAACAAUUACUAGACCUUGUCCCUGCGAGUCAGAGCUUAUCAAGGAAAAGAGCGUUCAUAGAGUACGACAGUGGCUGUGUAGCAAGACAGAGCCACACUCAGGACCCUGCAAGGGAGACUCAGGAUCCCCUCUGGUGUGUGGCGGUAGACUCAGGGGCGUCACCAGCGGCACUUUCUACAUCCACGACCCCGCCACCUGUGACCUGAGAGGUGGACCUGAGCACCCUCUCUGUGGUACCAUCCACGAACUCAACAUCUUCAUGGAUAUCCAACCAUUCCACGCCUGGAUCAUGUCCACCGUGGCUUCACACGGCAGUCGAGCUGCGUAGACGCGUAGAUGUAACCUGUUCUUCCUUCCCUUCUAGUGUCCAGGUGUCUCAAGUAAUUAAAUAUUACACAAUGUGGUAAUAAUGUACUACAACAAUAUAAUACAUGUCUUACUUGGCCA